AUUUGGGAUGUGGCUGUGAAAGGAGAUUACACCUUGAAGCUUUUACGUCACGCUCGAACGUGAUCUCCACUGUGUAUUUCGGCUUAGCCUUGAUCCUAUACGCCAGGAUUUGCCUCUGAAUAGAGUUAAAGCUAUGAUACACUAUGGUAUGUGGUCUUCGUAAAUAUGAAACAGAUGAGGAGCUGAACCGAAAAUGUGAAAAUAAGAUAUAGUGCGACUUACUCGAACGCGAUCAGCUGUGUUUACACCUGCUUGUCACAAGGCUCGAUUCCUCAAGACUAAGCAUCUCCUUUAGUUUAUGGACUGCCAUUUACUCCGUGGGCGAUCACUGACCGUAGAUUGGGUUUGCAGGCAUCGUUCCUAAGAGAGUUCUCCUCAAAUAUGGAUACGAUAAGCAUGUGCUGCGUGACUUGGAAUGUGGAGACAGGAUGGCCGGAGCAAGACUUGCAUAAUCUCCUGGGAAUACGGAAAGACCCAGUUAUAAAGCGUGAAUCAGAUGAUCUGUUGCCAGAUAUAUAUGUCGUGAGUUUACAGGAGGUCAAAUCCCAGCCACAAAAUGUCGUGAUGGAUGCAUUAUUUGAGGAGCCUUGGACUCUUGCCUUCCGAGAAGUUGUUGGACCCCAUGACUAUGUGAAGAUCAGCACUGAGCGUCUUCAGGGAUUAGUCACGACCGUCUAUGUCAAGCGGAAACAUGUGCACCACAUACGUGACAUUCAUACCUCUGUCACUAGAACUGGCUUUGGUGGGUUAUGGGGAAACAAAGGAGCUGCAAGUAUUAGAUUCACUCUGUAUGGCUGUUCUGUAUGUGUUGUCAACUGUCAUUUGGCGGCACACGAUAAUGGCUACAAGGAACGAGUCGAAAAUUUCAACGCAAUUAUCGAUUACUCCACCUUCCCAGUACCAGAAACCAGCAACAUUCUUUUCCAUGACUAUGUCUUCUGGAUGGGUGACCUGAACUUCCGUUUUGAAAGCCACUUAACAGGGGAAGAAAUUGUCCAGCUAAUAAAAGCCAGUGACUGGGGAAGCCUAAUGGAAGUAGAUGAGCUAAUUAAGGCUCAGAAAAGUGGAGAUGCCUUUUCAAUGUUAAAGGAAGAAAGGUUAUCCUUCCCACCAACUUAUAAAUACAAGGAGGGAACUUCCACAUAUGAUUUAGCGAGAAGACCUGCCUGGACAGACCGCAUCCUCCACCAGGUCCAUGUGGAUGCCUAUGAAAAUGUGAAACUCGGGGUGGAGCAGUCAUCUUAUACUCAUUCUGGCUCCUACACUCAGUCAGAUCAUAAGCCAGUCAAAGCUAAUUUUAGGAUCAAGGUAUUUGCCAACCACGAGGAAAGGUGUGUACGAUUCACCUGCAUAGGAACAUGGUUGGUAGGUGAAGGUGGCCCAGUGAAGUUCACUAUAGACGCAGAUGUUACAACUUCAACCUGGGACUAUGUUGCUCUCUACAAGGCUGACUUUACAUGUAUGCAGCAAUACAUCACGUACAUGUAUGUUCCUCAGCCAUCUCCAGGAUCUGGACAACGAACCUUUCAGAUGGUGUUCAACGAUGAGCUGCUGCAACACCCAGGGAUGUAUCGCCUCUUAUAUUAUUCUGGCAAGUACAGCAGCUAUCUAGGAAUGAGUGAUCCAUUCCCAGUUCUUACACGCCAGGAUUAGCUUCUGUUUUAUUGGCAGAGUAUCAAAUGCAAAAAUUUAUAAUUUAGCAAUAUCUCUAAGGCAGAAUGAGACCUAGAUACCUGUCAAAUAUAGUGUAGAAGGAAAUGUACAUCUUCCACAACAAAAACAGUUAUUGAUUCCGAUGUGAUGAUUUUAUCUGAGAAUUUUUAUAUUUUGUGCAAUAUUUAUAUUGGGUGUCAGCUCUACCAUAGCCUUAAUUCAUUUUGUAAUGUUAUUUUGGCUUUGGUUAACUAUCAACAAUUGAAGUGAGCGAAACGAUAAUAUCAUUAUCAUAUGGGGCUUCUGAAAUUCAUAACAUCAUGAUUGCACUAAUAGCUACUAUUACAUCUAAUGUGAAUAUGAAAUUUAAGGGCUAUAUUGAACCCAUUCAGACCAGAAAUGUAGGCCCGUGCAUGCUGUGUCCAUUGUGUUCUUAGUUUAAUUUUGUUUAUACAUAGUUGGCUCCACAAGUGCUUAGUCACAAAGGUGUCAUGUAUUGAUCUCACCUGUUCACCCUAUUCCUUGAACUUUGAUUUUAUUACUCUUAAGAUUGUUAAUAUCAUAAUGAUAGGAAUAAUGUCAAUAAUUAUAUGGAAAAAUAUCCCCAAAUUUCAAGGAAUUUAAAUUAAGUCAAGCAAUCCUGGUACCUGACACCAGGUGAGUGAUCACUUUUAGAGCCUUUUCUGUGUAAACAAAAUUGACAAAACAAAACUGCAGUAGACUCUUUAUGUAACAUGAAUCCAGUGGGUUAGUUCUGAUAUUCCAGCAAGUAGAUAAAAUUGCAUUGUUAUUCCUGUUCAAAAUCCAGAACAGUGUGUGUGUGGUGUGUGUGUGUGUGUCUGCAUUUGCAGUGUGUGUGUGUUUAGAAAUCAAUUAGUUAAACAUGUGUUCAUAUUAGUUCAUGAAAGUAGAUAUAGACCAUUUCCUUAUAAUUGUUCGGGAGAAUUAUGGUUAAAUAUUUGUACCAGAAUGAAUGUUAUAUCAGUCUAUUAAUAACUUUUGUUCUUUCUUUCUCUUUUUUCUGAUCUGGUAUAGAAUGUCUUUCUCAGUGUUUUUCGUAGAAUUUGUGUACUAAUUUUGCAAUAUAUGUAUUGUUGAUAACAAUAUUGUUUUGUAGCAUAACAUAUGUUUGAUGAUCUAACUCAGAGAAUUGAGAGAGAGAGAGAGAGAGUGAGUGUUGAGUGAGAGAGUGAGAG